CCACGCCCCUCGAUCCGCGAAUGCGUUUUAACGCCCAGGCAAGCUGACGUCAGUCACAAUGGCUGCAAUAUCUGAACCAUUGGGGUUAGAGCGAGAUGUGUGCCGGGCGAUCGAGUUGCUUGAGAAGUUGCAGCGGAGUGGUGAGGUGCCCCCCCCAAAACUGCAGGCGCUGCAGAGAGUCCUGCAGAGCAAGUUCUGUGCUGCUAUCAGAGAGGUAUAUGAGCAGCUGUAUGACACUCUGGAUAUCUCUGGAGGAGCUGAGAUCCGAGCCCAGGCUACAGCCAAGGCGACGGUGGCUGCGUUCGCGGCGAGCGACGGCCACGCCCACCCCCGUGUGGUGGAGCUGCCGAAGACGGAGGAGGGGCUCGGGUUCAACAUCAUGGGGGGCAAAGAGCAGAACUCCCCCAUUUACAUCUCCAGAGUGAUCCCGGGGGGCGUGGCCGACCGGCACGGGGGGCUCAAGAGGGGGGACCAGCUGCUGUCCGUCAACGGGGUGAGCGUGGAAGGGGAGCACCACGAGAAGGCGGUGGAGCUCUUGAAGGCGGCCCACGGUUCUGUGAAGCUCGUGGUCCGGUACACCCCCAAGGUUCUGGAGGAGAUGGAGGCUCGAUUCGAGAAGCUGCGGAGCGCCCGGCGACGCCAGCAACACACCAGCUACUCGUCACUGGAGUCCAGAGGUUAACCAAUCCCGUGUCUCCGUGACCACGCCCCCUUCCUCUCACCCAAUCGGAUGGCUUCGAGACGAAGGAUCAGGAGAGUGUUAGAGUAUUUUUUAAAAAGAACGAAGAAAAAAUAUAUAUAAUAUAUAUAAACAGUGGCUAUGUGGCUCUCCUUACUUGAAUAGUAUAUUAUGUAUGUAUGUAUGUAUUUAUUUAUUUAUUGAAAUCUGUUUACUGUUGCAUUGAUUUCCGUCGUGUUCUGUGUUGCUGUGUAUCUGUGUGUGUAUGUUUGUAUGUAUGUAUGUGAGUUGUUUUAAUCAGAGAAUGCAGCAGACUCUGGUAUAAAUUGUGAUUGUAAUUCUGGUCGUUAUGUUUUUUGAUGAUUUGUUCUUUAGUGCAGCUCUGUUCUUAUGUAUCAGUGAGAGAAAUGUUCGUAUUGAUCUGUGUCGUCCCCUAUCCUCUCUCCCCUACCCCCUCUAAUCUCUCCCUCCAUCCUCCCCCUCUUCUCUCUCCCCUCAUCUCUCUCCCUCUCCUCUCUCCUCCCUUUUCCUCUCCUCUCAUCUCUCCUCUCCCCUCACCUCUCCUCUUCUCUCCCUCUGUCCUCCCCCCUCAUCUCUCUCCCUCUCCUCUCUCCUCCCUUUUCCUCUCCUCUCUCAUCUAUCCUCUCUCCUCCUCUCGCUUCACCUCUC